CUUGUGGAUGCGGCUCUCUUCCACCGCGAAGAAGCGAGUUCCUUCAUUUCUCCGUGGUGCUGCCGCGACCUCUCCAUGGCCUCCUCUCCCUUCGUCGCCCUUGCUCUCUACCCCCGCCUUCUUGGAGGUCCCACCUCUGAUCUCCUCCAUUCCUCCCCCUCCUCCCCCUCGCGCGCAUGCCCUGGCACUGGGCCCCUCUUUCCCCGCGUUCUAUCACCCACAAAACCCUAGCUUUCUCGAUCGAUUCUGGCCGUCGCAUAAGCUCAAGCAGCUGCCUCUACCGCGGCCUCAUGGUAUGGCACGCCGCCGGGUGGCGCCAGAGGGAGACCUCGGCCUCCCGAAAUGAUCUCAUCAUCAAAUUCUCCGAGGUCGUGAAGCACUUCUCCGAGAAGGACCCUUCUUCUUCUUCUUCUUCUUCCGUCCCGGAGGUCGGCGCCCGGCCUCGCUGGCCCCACCCCUUCGACUACAAUAGCCUGAUGAAGGCCUUCAGCCAUGCCGGCGAGGUAGAGGAAGUCCUCCGGCUCUUCCGCGAGAUUAAGGAGGACUUCCAUUGCCAUCCGGACGUCGUGUGCUACACCACGGUGGUCGAUAGCUUGGUGACGGCCAACCGCCCGGAGGAGGCCUUGGCCGUUUUCGAGGAGAUGGUCUCCUCCGGGGUCAUCCCGGACACCGCCGCCUACACGGUCCUGGUAAAGUUGUAUUCUUGCUAUCUGAAACGGUUCGAUUCGGCGUAUGAGGUCAUCCGAUGGAUGGUGAAGUGUGGCUGCGUCCCUGACGUGAUCACCUACUCCACUUUGAUUGCCGGUCUCUGCUGGGCUGACAGGGUCGAGGAGGCGUUGGGCGUUUUGGAUCAGAUGCUGGAGGAAGAAUGCCGACCCAAUGUUCAUACUUACACGCCUAUCGUCCAAGCUUAUUGUUCCAGGGGAAGGAUUGAAGAGGCCAGGAGGCUGGUAGAUGCGAUGGACGCCAUUGGCUUCCCACCGAACACCGUGACCUAUAACGUACUCAUCCAGGCCCUCUGCAAGAUCAGAGCAUUUGACGAUGUCGAGAAGCUUUUGGAACAUAGCGAUGCCAAGGGUUGGAAGCCUGAUGUGGUUACGUAUUCCAUCUACAUGGAUGGCCUCUGCGAGUCCGGAAGAGCUGACAAAGCAUGGGAGCAGUUGCAGGUGAUGCUUGGAAAUGGAUUGCGUCCCAAUGCUGUGACCGUCAAUAUUCUUCUAGAUUGCCUUUGCCGUGGUUCCAAGGCUUCCGAGGCUAAGUGCCUGUUGGAGAGGAGCGCAGAACUGGUGUGGGAUGCUGAUGUCGUUAACUACAACACCGUGAUGAGCAGGCUUCGUGAUGCCGGGAAAUGGUUGGCUGUUCUAAAGCUCUUCGCUGACAUGACAAAGAAGGGAAUUGCUACAAAUAGCCGGACAUUUAGCAUUGUGAUACACAGCCUUUGUAAAGCUGGAAAGCUUGACUGCGCAAAGUGCAUCUUCAAUAGCAGGGGGUUUGUUGCUAAUAUUGUGACAUAUACCACUCUAAUUCAUUAUUUUUAUGUGGGGGGAAAGGUGGAUGAGGCACGUGCCCUCUUUUAUGAUAUGGUCGAGGAGAAUGUUGUUCCUAAUCAGAUCACCUACAGUGUCAUGAUUAAAUGCCUUUGUAGAGAAAGAAAAUUUUUGGAGGCUAUUGGCUGUUUUUACAGGUCCCUUGAAGAUGGAUUCUCACCAAAUCUGUUUGCGUGUUUAACUUAUUGGUUGGUCAGGGGUAAAAGACUUAUGGAAAUACUAAGCCUGUUGCAAUGGAUCUUGAAACAGGGUUAUAUCAUAGAUUUCUGUGUAGUCCGUGGAUUGAUCAAUGCAUUUUGCAGGGAGGGUUGUUGUCAAAGUCAAGAGAUAUAUAUACUCUGCCAUGUUCUGGACAAGAUACUUGGAACAAGAUAGAUGAGCUUUAGGCAUUGUCUUCUGUAGAUCUAUUCCAUGGGUCGUACUUGCUUAUGUAAGCUGAAGAGAUACCCUAUAGUCUCACUCAAGGUGGUCAUGUUGCGAAAUGCAUGAAUGGCAUGGAGCAUUCAUCAUACAUUAUUUUGAUCAGAACCUGUCAAGCCAUACUGGUCUAAUGACUAUAAUGAUGGUAUUUUCUGCUACCUAGAUCUCAGUGCCUUUCCAGAUUCACAGGCUAGGAAUUCAAUGGAUGACAUGGUGGUGCUUCAGCCAAGAAAGAGCAACUGCUUGAAGCCAGCAGAUGUACUGAACUAAGGAAGACAUAUACCAUUGGAUAGAGAAAUCGCAGAUCGAGGGCACGCAUCUUGAGCAAGUUAUUGCAUUGACCAAUUGACCAGGCAAGGAGCAUGGGCUUUUAUAGCAAAAUUUCAGAUUGUUUUCUAUAGUAAAUGCAUUCUACUUAAAGAAUCUGCCGGACAGUGUGGCUCAAGAUUGUCUGGACAAAAUAGUUGAACAUAAAAUGAGAUAAAUUAUGUUGCCUCAUGCUAAGUCUGGACAUGAAAAGGGUACAGCUGGCAAGUGUACAUUUUGCGGAGCAGCCAGUUGCUGAAAAGAUACUCAGUAGCAAUGAGAGAGGUGAUAUAUUCUGUUUGACAUCAAUAUUCUGAUGCAGUUGUCCCACGUGAUUAUGCCAAGUUGGUUGACUUCCUGAUUGUUUUCGUGCAACAACUCUAUCUGAUGAGAAAUGGGCUCAACGUUGACUGUUCAGGAUUCAUUCUACCAUCACCAUUUGAGGUGCCUGUAUUUCUCUAGCUGCAAGCUGUAGAACAAAUAUGUUAUUGUUAGAGGUCUCCACCUAACAAAGCUCAAGAGGACCUGAGAGUCUUUUUCACGAUCUAGCUUGUCUCUGGGGUAGUGAAGGAUUGCCUGUGUUGACUUUUGGAGAAAGUUGAAGUCUUCCACAAGAAUUCAUGGUGGCUGGCUGAGAGGGAACAAUAUGAUAAAUUGGUUGGAUUCAAUAAGAAUUGUAAUGGGGUCUAUAGGGGACCUAACUUGAGUGCUUUCAGGGUUUAAACUUUCGUAAUUUCCAUUAUAUUUUUUUGAGAGAACUGUUGUAACCUGACAAGCGCAAGCAGAACUUUCGGCAGCACAAGUAAUGCUGAUAUUAAGACUAUUAUUUGAUGGCAGUAUUUUCUGACACUUCAAAAAGCUUAUGCAAUUUGUCAAUCUUCUCGUGAUUAACUCCUGUAAUGGAUUCCAUGAUGAAUUGAUCACUUUGGGAUGGUGAUUAUGGAAAAAGAAGGUAAUAGACAACAUCAUGUAUGCAAAGUACUUUUGUAGUGGAAUAUGCACAGAUGAUUGAAGCAUUGUGGCAAGACAAACCAUCUUGGGUGGUGGUUUGUGGGUUGUGACUCAGCUUAGCACAUGGCUCUUCUUCGACCAACAUCAUCAAGCUACUUACCAUCUGAAGGCAACUGAUCAAGCAUGCCUGAUCCCUUCAACAGAAAGACGUGAGGGUACGCAUGGUUGCCACUAGGCAUCAACAUUAGCACCGUUUCCUACCUGAUGUGAUGAUGAUGAUGAUGAUGAUGAUGAUGAUGAUCUAGGGCCCUAAUCUUGGUGUUGCGCGAUGCUGGCCAUAUGUCAUGAUGAUGAGGGCUACAUCAAUAUGGCAUGGAGCUUUGGCCCGGACACUAGAAAACAAACAAAACCCUAAACCCUAAGCUGCCAUUCUCCCAUUAUGGCCGAUGUCCCCACCUUCGCGGUCUUUGAUGUACCAUGUGAGGAAUAGCAACAGUGGGCAAUAGUCCCAAGUCAUAACACAUGACAAGAUCACGGUCCCUCCCUGAAUGAGUAUGUUAUUUUCUCAACAGUCAUGUUUUUUUAUCUAUUCUGAAAGAAGCUCCUUCUCUAGCUAAAAAGAGAGAAGCUCUUUCUUUCUUUUUUGUUUAAAUCUAAGGAGAGGGAAAAAAAGAAAAAAA